AUGCUGCCGCCACGCCAGGGGCAACGGAUUCUCCGAGAGCAACGCAACGGAAUAAACGAAGAACGAAGCAGGCCGCAGCGUACUCAGUCUGACACAGAUCCAGGAAAUCCUGGUGCCUCUGGUGCCUCUUUUGGCGGCGGCAGCCAUGACGCACUGAAUGCUUCUGUUUCAGAUGAGAUGCCUCCUCUCUCGAGGAAACCGCAACGGCGCAGGUCAACGUCCAGAAAGAGGAAACCCCUCCAGAUACGCCCUCAAGAGCACCAGUCAGAUCAACAACUAGAUGCGCCGGAACCUUUUGCUUCACGCAAGAGGAAAAAGUCCUUCAACUCUUCUGGUGCAGCAGUGCCCUCGACCCACGCCGAUCAUGCGAGGCGCAGAAACCGUUCCACCUUGCUCCAGAAAUCUUCGCCUCACGCUGCUUUCCUCGAGAGACUUUGCACCUGGGCUAGCAUCGGUCUCGAAACACUGGGCAACUUUGUUAAUAUCUGCCUCGCAGCUUCUCGAAAUGUUACAACAAGCCCGUGGUUUGGAUUUACCGUUGUACUGUUCCUGAUCUUACUGAUCUGCAUGGUGGUUCUGGCAACGAUUUUCGUCCUCGUGAGUGGUGUCCAAGACAGUUACGCAGUGGGGAAAGGGCUUGCGCAUGGAGCAUACUCAAUCACCGUGGGUAGCGCAGCAGUGGGAAACCGUUACCUCGCUUGGGCAAAGCACCGCACACUCGACGGAGCCCACUAUUUAGCGGGCGCAGUGAGUGUAGCAGGCAUGGUCAGCAAAAGUAUCCUUUGUUCAUAUCCAGACGGUGAGACGACAGUGCAGUGGCUUGGUUACUCUUGCGAACCAAUGAGUCCCGAACAAGAUAUUUUCGACACGCUGAACAAGACCGCCAUUGAGAUUGGUCAAUGGGCCAACGUCUCAAGUCUGAUCCUGCCCCAUUCCACUUACCUCAGGAAUGCCGAUCUCGCGCUUGCAAAGCAACAGCUGUACAUCAAGUUGAACCCCAUGGCUUUUCCGGAAAAAGAUGCGCUCGACCAAACAAUGACGGCAUACGGCAAAGGAAUCCUCAUGGCGGGAAGGCAGAUUUUCACUACCAUCAUCAACACGGAAUUUAUUUUGUUUAUGAUGCUUGCUCAUCUGAACGAAGCCGAACGCCGGUUGAAAUAUGUUUCUGGAGAUCAUUCGAUCAAGACCUACUCACUUCGGUCAUGGCAUACAACAUAUCAAGUCACAAGGAUGCUUAGCCAGCUACUUACAGACUUGGACGCUCGGUUGGUGGAGUUGAUCCAAUUAAUUGAGCAGUGCCGGGAUACAUUCGAACUGGUCGAACGGGAUGGUGCAACGUAUGGGAAGCAGAUCAGGGAUGCGCGGCAAUACGUGCAGGCCGAGAUCGACAAAAAGGGGAUCCUGUUUGACCUGUUUUACGUCAACAGCCCGCAGCACCAGAUGAGAGAGUCACUUACGGCGUUUGUCUUUCCACUUCCGGAAAUCCUGGAGCAUCUUCGAAGAGCACGGGACAGCCUUUGGGUGCAUCAACAGUCCUUGCACGGCGCUCGAGUCAACUUCCUCAGCAUGCACAAUUCCUUGACGACGUCGGGGCCGAAUGUUGUUCUGCAGCAACUACAUGGGACUAUACAAUAUCUUGCCAGCACUAGCGCCAACCUGGAAAUUGAGCGUACGAGGUACAGAAAGCGGACCGAAGCAGAGAGGAUUUCGGGUCAACAUUCUUUACCCAAGAUAUAG